ACACUAGACAUUCCAUUCCAUUCCAUUCCAAUCCAAUCCCCAUCGAUCUAUUUCCCUUCUCCUUCUCUUCUUCCACCGCUCUCAUUUUGAAUUAUCCAAAUACCAGAGAGAAACCUGAUCGAAACCCUAAAAACCUCUUUCUCUCUGUUCCGAGAUCUGAUCUGAGAUCGCGAUCGAAAUCGAUCCACCAUGGAUGAAGAGUACGAUGUCAUCGUGCUAGGCACUGGUCUCAAGGAAUGCAUUCUCAGCGGUCUUCUCUCCGUCGAUGGCCUCAAGGUUCUUCAUAUGGAUAGGAAUGACUACUACGGAGGAGAAUCUACCUCGCUCAAUCUUAAUCAGCUCUGGAAGAGAUUCAGAGGAGAAGACAAGCCUCCUCCACAUUUGGGCUCUAGCAAGGACUACAAUAUCGAUAUGAACCCUAAGUUUAUUAUGGCUAAUGGCAAUCUAGUGCGGGUUCUCAUUCAUACUGAUGUUACCAAGUAUCUAUAUUUCAAAGCUGUGGAUGGGAGCUUUGUCUUUAACAAAGGAAAGGUUCACAAGGUGCCUUCAAAUGACAUGGAGGCCUUGAAGUCCCCGCUUAUGGGAAUAUUUGAAAAACGCCGGGCCCGCAAGUUCUUCAUUUAUGUUCAAGAUUAUGAUGAGAAGGAUCCUAAGACACACGAUGGGAUGGACUUGACCAGAGUGACUACUAAGGAACUGAUAGCAAAAUUUGGCCUUGAUGAUAACACGAUAGACUUCAUUGGCCAUUCUUUGGCGCUUCAUAGAGAUGAUCGCUACUUGCAUGAACCAGCACUGGAAACUGUAAAGAGAAUGAAGUUAUAUGCAGAGUCUCUUGCACGCUUUCAAGGGGGAUCACCUUACAUAUAUCCUUUGUAUGGUUUAGGGGAACUUCCCCAGGGUUUUGCACGGCUUAGUGCUGUUUAUGGUGGAACAUACAUGUUGAAUAAACCUGAAUGCAAGGUUGAGUUUGAUGAGGAAGGGAAGGUUGUUGGUGUCACAUCUGAAGGAGAAACUGCAAAAUGCAAAAAAGUUGUUUGUGAUCCAUCAUACUUACCCAGCAAGGUGAGGAAGGUUGGUAAAGUUGCAAGGGCAAUAUGCAUCAUGAGCCACCCAAUCCCCAACACCAAUGACUCUCCUUCUGUGCAAGUUAUUCUACCUCAGAAGCAGUUGGGCAGAAAGUCAGACAUGUACCUAUUUUGUUGCUCAUAUUCUCACAACGUUGCCCCAAAGGGAAAAUUUAUUGCAUUUGUAUCAACGGAGGCAGAGACAGAUCAGCCUGCAAUUGAACUAAAACCCGGAAUUGACCUUUUAGGACCUGUUGAUGAGAUAUUUUUUGAUAUGUAUGACAGAUUUGAACCAGUCAAUGAACCCUCCUUGGACAACUGCUUCAUAUCAACAAGUUAUGAUGCUACUACUCACUUUGAGUCAACUGUAGUGGACGUCCUCAACAUGUAUACAAUGAUAACUGGAAAGGUUCUUGACCUCUCUGUGGAUCUAAGUGCUGCUAGCGCUGCAGAAGAGUAAAGAUAGCUGGUUGAUGUCCUUUAUGUUUGUUCUGUUGCUGAUGGGAUCAAUAUGGACUUUGACAUUUUAAAUAAGUUUAUGAUAUAAAAUGUUCUGUUCUGUUUUUUUUAAAGAACACUUCAAAGUUUGUAGAACAGAUUUGGUUGCAGGGGAACUUCUCCCGUCCAGCUGCUCUGGUUGUGCUUAUUACAAUUAUUAUGUUGACAAA